AGCGGGAAAGAGGGGCGGCCCCUGAAGUAGCAACGGCCGCAGCGGCCCCGGCAACAAGGAGCCUCAGCCAAUGAAGAGAGCGGGAAAAAGCGGUUGGGUCCGUUCUACGGGCUUGGGCUUCUUUCCCCCGUGGUUGAGGGGCUGCAAAACAGCUGCCGCCCGUCACGCGUCGUCCGAGACUUUUUCCUUCAUAUUUGCUGUGAUUAGGAGUCUAAUGAUUGAAUGUUACUGAUUACACCUCUUUCAAGUGCCAUUGAUGAGCACCAGGCAAACAAAGAGAAAGUGGGAAGAAAGAGUGAGAGACAUUGAAGAACUAGCAUCUCAGUACCAACGAAAGCCACUCUGCUCCCGAUAUAGGCCGCAGUUGUCCAAACCUUGCCAACCAUCCUCUGUUUGGAAGCUGUUUCAUCGCCAAACCCAAGCAUUUAACUUUGCCAAGAAUUGUAAAGAGGAUGUUCAUGUAUUUGCGUUGGAAAAGAACGCUGAAAACAAGCAGAGGUUUUAUCUGGUGACAACAUACACAGAACUUUGGUUUUAUUACAACAAACAUUAUGAAACAAGUCUCAUGCACUGCUAUGAAGUCAUUCCAGAAAACGCUGUUUGCAAAUUAUACUUUGAUUUGGAAUUUUACAUACCAGCGAAUCCAGGAGUUGAUGGGCAGCAGAUGGUUGCAGCUUUAAUAGAGUUCGUCAGUAAAAAAUUAGAACAACAUUAUGGAGUGAAAUGUUCAGCCGAAGAUGUCCUGAAUUUAGAUUCUAGCACGGAAGAAAAAUUUAGUUGCCACUUAAUAUUUCAGCUCCACAAAGCUGCUUUUAAAAAUAAUAUUGAUAUAGGUAACUUUUUAAGAACAGUUUUGCAACCUGCUAUUCUUCUAACUAAGAAUGAAGAUCCAUUGGUUUCAGAGAAGCAGGCGGUCACUACUGUUUCUCAGAGUUAUGGAGCUACCGCUUCUUUGCCUAGUUGCCUUGAAAACCAGACUAUAACCAAGGACAUGUCACAAAGCUGGCAGCUGAAUUCACACAGAACACAGGAGAAAAAUACAUCUCAAUGGACAGAAAAUCCAGAUCUUUCCUUUCUGAUAGUGAAUGGAAAACACGGAGGAAAGCAGCUAUUUGUGGAUCUUGGUGUUUAUACAAAGAACAGAAACUUCCGGCUGUACAAAUCAUCGAAAGCAGGAAACUGUGCCAUUUUAGACAUUGCUAAAGAUAACAAGUUUUUUCCUAAAUCUGUAAAGAAUACUUCUAUAGAAGAGCAAUAUUUCUAUUCCUCUUUGAUCUGUAAUGUGAGAUUUUCUAGUUGUUUAAAAAUUCUGUCCUGUGACAAGCCAGAAAAGACAAAAGAAACACCUGUUUGUUUAGACGGCAGCACUUCUAGUAGCAGCUCAGUCCCCAUUGGAGGAUACCAGAGUUCACCCUAUCCAGAAGUUGAUAACUUUGUUGUCUCUCUAGUCAAUAAAGAUAACAUUCAGGGAGGGAUACGACGAUGGAAUUAUUUUUCUCUUGAAGAGCUUCUUGUGUAUGACAUCUCUAAGUAUCGCUGGUGUAGAAAUAUUGGCAGAGCUCACAGAAGUAACAAUAUAAUGAUUAUAGUAGAUCUGAGACGGGAAAUCUGGUAUCAAAAAUGUCAUGAUCCUACUUGCAAAGUGCAGAACUUCAAGUCAGAAUGUUUUCCGUUACCAUCUAACAUAUGCCUCCCAUUCCUUUUCCAAGAGGAUGAAGACUAUGCAUAUAUAAUGGACAGAAAUGGGAACAUAAAAGAAGAAGCAAAGAUGCUGAAUUCCACAGAUGUGCCAUUAACAUCAAAACAUGAACAUCUGGCACAAACCAAGAAAAGUUCAAGUGUUGAGUGGGACGAUGAGCUUGAUGACAUGUGCUGUUUGGAAGCUUCAGAAGACGUGGAACUAGCUGAAGCUGUAUCUGAUUUGCACCCUCAGAGGAACUGGAUGGUUGAUGAAAUACCAGAUGACCUCCUAAUAGAUGCUUUUAGAACAUAUGAAGUGGAUAAAAUUCAGGUGUAAGCAUGCAAACAAGAUGGUGUUGUCUUGGAACAGUAACAAUGUCUUAAUUAUUAAUCUAGAUUGGAAUACCCACAUUAGCUCUAUUCAGGGGCCUUUGCUACUCAUAGGAAGGGGGUACUAUAGGAUUAACUGUUUAACAGAAAAUAUUUUUUUCUCCAUUCCAGGGUGGGGUCCUUUCUUCCUAACUUAGACUUAAACAUAUUGGUUAGAACAGACUUUGCUUGCACAAUCUCUUGAUCACUGUAAAAUGAAUUUUCACAAGCAGGUUCAAUGAGAUAGUAUUGUCUUUAUCAUUUUAGCUAGAAUGCAUUACGACCUUUCUUAUGUACACUGUUAUCUGCAUUUUUCACAAAUAAAUUUUUUUACAAAUA